UUCGUCUCCGCAUUGAUCUCCAUGUCCUACGCAGGAAUUUAUCCUGUGGGGCACGCCACCUCCUACGCAAACGUCUACAACGGGGAAGCUUACGGUGCACCCGUCCUUGCCUACGGUUACGGCCACAAAGAGUACGAACCGGCUUAUGUAAAUGACUACGAAGGUCACGGUGACCAUUAUGCGUAUCCGAAAUAUGAGUACAGUUAUGGAGUGAGUGACCCCCACACUGGUGACCACAAAUCCCAACAUGAAGUGCGUGAUGGAGACGUAGUUAAGGGUUCUUACACUGUUGCCGAACCUGACGGUACUUUGCGUACUGUUCAUUACACCGCCGAUGACCACAAUGGGUUUAACGCAGUCGUGGAGAAGUCUGGACAUGCUGUUCAUCCAGUGGUCGAGAAGAUAGUUCCAGUGUAUGAAAAGGCGGUGGUACCGGUUUAUGAGAAGACCUACUAUGGAUACGGUUCUCCUUACGGAUACGAGCAUUAUUAAAAAGCACUUGUGAU